ACUACUUGUUCUCCUCAGCAUUCUGCGCCACUCUACCUGAGACGCACGGUCCCUACACCAGUGCGAGCCGGGCUGUGGGUGUGUGUAGUGGCGGGGGCGUGUGUGGUAGCGUGGGCAUGCGUAGGCGUGGCGGCAACACCCCAGAACUUCCCCGAGGCCUCCGAGGACAACCACUUCAUCUUCAAAGCUGAUGGGACAUAUUCCUUUUCCUACGAUACUGGUUCAGGAGACCACCAAAGCUUCAGGAUCGAGACGCGGGACUCAGCAGGUCGUGUGUCUGGCCGCUUUGGUUAUGUUGAUCCAGAUGGUGUGUUGCGUAUAACAGAGUACCAGGCCGAUACUGAGGGAUACCGGGCAAAUAUGGAGAUCUACCACCUAGUGAGUUGGUCCCCUCACUCCCCACUACUAGUUGGACCUCUGCCACAGCACCCUACACAACUCCAGGAUCUACCCAAAUUGAGAGAGAGACCCCAGCAGACUUCCAGUGAACCUGUCGGACCUUCUCUCUUUUUCCCACCCCAGAGGCCAGUCCUCAUCAUAGGGCCACUCCCCAAGCCACUCCAGCCUGCAAGGAACCAGCGAGAUCAAAUGGCACCGGACCUAACUGAAGAGUCAUUACUGGGAGUGUCUCCAGAUAAUCUCAUGCCUUUUCCAUCAUCCGAAUUCUUGCAAGGCCCUGCAAUACAGGACCUGUCACAAAUUCAACCACCUGAGGUCUUACAAGAUGAAAUUUUAAAUACCAUUCUGCAAAGCACACUUGAAGAUGUACUCCAGGAGUCGGUGACACCGGUACUGAAUAAUCCUGAUCUUAAUAUUACCUUAGAGCUCUUUAAUGAAACUUUGCAAGGUAUAGAUUUGCAAACAGAAUUACCACAGCCUACUCUAGAAGAUGAUUAUCAAGAUCUGCAGCAAGGCCUAAGACAAACUGUCAUGCAAAUUGCUGUUCCAGAAACCACUGGACAGCCUGAAGGGUUUACCUCAACACCUCUCAUGGUAUUAUCUCUUACUGACAAUACUUCAACAAGUCUAGCAAGUGAUAAUGUAAAUAGUUCAACUGUAACCAUCUUGCAACAGCCAACUUACAACAUUAGUUUCAAUGCAUUUUCACAAGUAUUAUCCGAAAAUUCUAGGGAAAAUCUUACAGAAAAAAGACAAAAUAAUUCUCAAACUACAUUUUCCACAGUAAAAAGUGAAACCACAACACAAAUACCAUCAACAACAAUAACAAAUACAACAACUAUAUCCCAGAGUAGUGUACCAAGUACAUCACUUCCUGUGUCUUCGUCAGGUCGUGGCACCUCCCGGACUGACCAGGAGAAUGACACUGCCCAGUCAGCCACCUUUUUUGUUGACAAAUUACCCCCAGUACCUCCCCUCACUUACCUACCAGUGGGAGACAAAAGAUACGACAUACCCAUAGAUGUCUUUUCGCAGCUUCCACAAGAGUUUAUCCCAUUUGUUUGAGACAAAAGAGAAGUGUACUGUGUGGUUCUCAACACUCGGUGCUUUAUUUGAGAUUAUUCAUAAGAAUGAGGAUGCUAGUACUGAGUUCUUGAAAAAUUUAUAGAACAUUAAUUUUAUUUAAUCAAGUUAUAUCCUAUUUUGCCUUAAAGGGAGAAGAACCAAGGAGCUAUACACGUAAUUUAUAACAGUAAGACAGUUUUUUGGUAAGGGUUUGGCCUCAAGUAAAAAUUUUCUGUUUGCUGCCACAGCAGUAGAUCAGUCAACCUUGCCUGGAAACUGAGGCUAUACAGAGCAUCCCAGUACAAAUGGUUCAAGAUAUAGCUAGAUGUUACAAGUUCCUGUGUUCACCUCCCAUAGGUGUGUAUAGAAGGAUCUGAAGUGUCCUUAUCCUAGCUAGUCAAUCCCCAGAGAUACAGUGGUACUGAGUCUUUGAGUUAUAGUCAUAAUAACUGGUGAUGCCUUUGGCUAUCGUGUACAGUAAAUUUAAGUUGGGGUAUCAUACAAAGUUAGGAUUGUACUUAUACAAAAUUUGACUGUAGUCAUACAACAAAGCAGAAUUAUAGUUUUACUAAGUAAUGAAUAUAGUAACCAUGUCUGUAAUGUGGAUCACAUAUUUUUGUUACCUUUAUGGGAAUCAUAAUAAAAGAACCUGGUUAUCGUUACCCUCCCUCACCUGGGAAUUAUAGUUGCUCUCACCUUACUAAGGAAUGACAGUUACCCUCCCUUGCCAUUACCUUCCUUGUCCGAGGAGUUAUAGUUACCCUCCCUUACAAUUGGAAUUACUGUAUACAGUUACUCUCAUUCAACUAGGGAGUUAUAGUUAACCUCCCUUACCAUGGGAAUUACUGUAUACAGUAGUGCAGCUACUUUCCCUCAACUAGGGAGUUAUAGUUAACCUACCUUACCCAGCCUCAGGGAGUUAUACUGCAGUUACCCUCCUUUGACUAGGGAGGUAUAGUUACAGUCCCUUGCAUAGGGAGGUAUAGUUACAGUCCCUUGCAUAGGGAGUUACAGUUACCCUGAGUAAUCACUGUGUUAAUGGUUCAGACAGUCUACACAUGAAUUCUAAGGACAUAACUAUUAUUGUUCAGCCAAUGUGUGCUGCUCUUGUAACCUCUUUUAUGGUGAUUUGGGUCAGCUUCAGGCAAUGUGAGUCUGCAUCAUUUUUGUUUUAUCUGUAGACAUAUAAUAAUUCUAAAAUAUGACAAGCAUAAACCUCAGGCACUAAGUGGGGAUAUGUCAUACACAUUGUUGAGCCAUAUCAAUUAAGAGAUCACUGUACUUCAAGUUUAAUAUGUGACAAGUUUUGAGUAGUAUACUUCUAGUUUGAAGAAAAUUUUCGACAAUUUUAUCACUUAAAACUAACUUUGUUAUACUGCCCAUUAAUGUGGUCACUAAUCCUAAGGGGGUACAUAACUUAUUAUUUAACCUAAGGUCGCUGCCACCAGACCACAUGGACAGUAUGUUUGGUUUUGUUUAGGUAGGUAGCUGGCAGAGCAAGCUAGGCACUGUGAGUUCGUGUUUUUCAUUAAUCAAAUCGAGAGUGGAAGGAAGGGUGAAACACUGAACAAGACUUAACUAAUUUAUUUACUAAUAAAAAUAUAUUGCAUUCAGUCACAAUACAAAAAUAUAUGACCUUUCACAAGCAAUUAUCAAGGUCACUACACCACACACAAAAUACCCGACCUUCUCUAUAUAAUUAAUUAAGGUGUUCUCUCAUCAUACCAAAUCAUUGACCUCCUUACCUAGGUCAGUCUUUCCUACGAUAUCACCCAAAAAUACUCACUAGCACCAACAUAUUAUAUAUAGCACCAAAUACACUCCACACAUGCAGGUACUGAGCUCCUUUUAUAGCACCAAGGUACACAUGACAGGUACCCAUUUCACACACUAUUCCUGUGUGGUAGAUUAGAUCCUUCCCAGGCAUUCAUACCAGGACUGUUUCUGAGUCCGGUAUCAUGAGGUUGCUUAGCCACGACCGCGAAACUCCUCAAAUGACACGAUCAUUUUCUCCUAUCCUGGGUGUUGAUAUGUGGGAUGUCCAGGGUUCAUAGGGGAGGUUGCAUAGUGGCCAUCAGCGUUGCCCACAACAACACGUGGGUUCCUCACAGUAGAACAGUGGUUGCUGGGCCAAGCAUUUCCUCCGACCAGCACUGGUCUCCCUCCGCUCAUAGGCGGGUACACCUGUGUGUGUAAGAGAUGAUGCCUGACUGAGAAUAAUGCCUGAUGGGCUUUUGUAUUACCUAACAUCAUUACAAAAUCUAUUAAUUCAUUUAUUAUAAUAAUAACACUAGGCAAGGCUUUAAGAUGUACAGAAUAUAAAAUGCUAGAUAAGCCUCUUUAAGUACUCUGGUGUAGUACCAGCUGGAGUGCACUGACUUGUGUGUGUGUGUAAGAGACGACGCCUGACUGAGGGCAAUACUUGGCGUCACACUGAAUAGGCCUAAGGCUGCCAAUGCUUAAAUUUUCACUUUCUUCUGGCCCCCACACAAACACUUUCCUAUACCCAGUAUAUUGUGACUUUAUGCCUUAUAAUUACAUACCUUAUUUCUAAAUUACAUACUACAGUAAGUGUCUGGUUUGUCAGUUUCUGGGGAAAUUACUUUGGCUAUCUCAUUAAUUCAAAACUGUAGUCGCGGGCGGUUCAGGCGCCAUUGUGAACAAAGGCCUAGGUUCUUGGCUUGGGUAUUUCUACUUCACUUUAUUCCCUAUGUAUGGGUCAUUCCCGCACACUUUCUUAAGAUUCUCGAAUCAUUGCACUAUUCGUGGUUACAGUAUUCGUGACAUGGGGUAAUGGAUGUGUAUUAAGCUCACACCGAGGUACAUAAGAUAUUUUCCUUGGAGUAUAGUUUAUGGGUCAAUCCCAACACUUCAUGUAUGUCUGAUACAUUUAUCCUUUUUCCAGAUCAUUGUUCUCACAUAUUUUCAUCUAACACCCGAGGUAGCUAUGUUUACUAAUGGUACAUAGACAUAAAUACCAUGACCUUCAGAUACAGUAUACACACAGUUACACUUAUUCACUAUAGUACACUAGUCUGUAUCAAGUGGACCUUCCCAAUCAUCAUAUAGAUACCUUGAGUUCUCCCCUAAUACUAUCAGUACACACACUUAAUAUUAUAUUCCUGUACAUUGGUACAAUUCGUGUAAAACAACAUACAGCAUGCGAAUUACCCCUUCCAAAAGUUUACCGUUUUCUGUGACACUAUCCACUAGCGAGGUAAGUUUGAAUGUGAUGCAGCUUUAAUAUGAAUCACAAGAGAUUAUAGAGACCAGUACAAAUGUACACAGUACAUUGUGUUCAUAAAUAAACAAUAUACAGUCCGGUAUAUCAGGUCUUAAUUACAGAAAAGAUUACAGAGAGUCUCCCUGUCGUUCAGAACAAUAGCUUAGCAUUUUUGAGACACCCAGAGAAGCCAUUACCUGCAGUCUAGCAGUAUGAAAUACUCAUACAACACAUAACUGACUUAUGAGAGUUUAUGUGGAACUAAGCAAAUACCUGUAUUCAAAAUACUGUACUGUACACCACUGUUGAUCAGAUUUCUUAUGUAGUGGAGACCUAAAAAGAGAAUAAUUGAGAAGUGACAUUCUAAACAUUUAGGGACAAUCCACAUGUAUAAGGGUGAGCAUUAAACCAAACAAAACUUAAUAAGAUACAUUUACUAUAUUUAUGACUGCAAGCUAUUGAUGCAUUCUAUAAAAUCUUGAUUAUAAUGAACUUAAAGUUUUUUCAUAUAAAUGGUUUAAUAAAACUCCUGAUCAGAUGUAUAAUUACUCAUCUUGAGUUGUCUUUAAAGUAAAAUCAUAUUCACCUUAGAUGAUUUUUUUUUGUUAAUGAAUUUAAGUUGAGGAACAGACAGAUUAGUGUGGAAGUGUCUGAAAGUCACCAAUAUAUUUGUGUCACGAAUCAUCAAGUACAGUAUGGUACUCAUGAUGUCAGUUCUAUCAACAAAAAUACUACCUAUAAUUGACAGUUUAAACAUGAUGAUGAUAUGUGAGCUGAAGUUGAAGAGAACAUAUUUAUUGUGAUAGAUGGAUGUGAACAUGAUGUAUUGCAGCAUGUAUUGCAGCAUGCUAGUAAAGCAUCAUCUCUUAGUAAGAAAUACAACUACAUGAAAUCUAAAAACUCUCUCCACACACACACACAUACUGUUAUGUAAUUACCUGCAACACACUACAAACUGGUUCUGUGUGAGUAACCAAGCUAUAUUAAUCUGAAUAUAAUAUUAACUGAAAUAUGUCCUUUGUGGGUCAGCAGUUGUACAAGUAAAUGUUCUUUGGUGUAACUAAAAUAGAAGAAAAGAACAAAAAUUAUCAAAAUAAAUACAACAUAAGUGGAAAAUAAAAAACUCAAGAGAAGUUGGGAAUACCGAGAGUGUGAUGAUUAAGUUUAAUACAAACUAAGGGAAGAAUUCGGAAAGACAAUCAAAUAUGGAUUUGAUAAAAGGUAAAUUAUAAAUUAAUGUAAACAAUACUACCAUGACCAUACUGUAAUGUAUAUGUCUGAGGGGAUACAGUCAAACUAAACUUGCUCACUAGAUGCUGAGUAAGAAUCAGACAGCAUUGUGUCACAGGGCUUUAAGAUGAAUUCACUUACAUCAGCUGCUUUUUUUUUGUUUCAAUAAAUACCCAGUAACUGUAUACGGUAGAAGCCACAGAUAUACUGACCAUGGAAAUGAGUCUACAGUAAAAUCCCAGUUAUCAGGCACCUAUGGGAAUUGAGAGGUGCCGGAUAAAGUUUUUCAGGUUAGUUGAAACUCACUCUUAGGAUCCCCCAAUAAAUCCUUCAAUGGGAUAUGUUACAAGCCAGUCCCCAAACACACAUAUAACACCGAAAAAAAUCCUAUACUCAUAAAAUCAAUAGAAAACAACACAAACAACACUCACCACAUCAUGAAGAACAAGCCGUGUCAUCAUCACAAGCUCCCUUCAAGGCUAAGGGUUUCUUGGUAGGUGGAGUGGAGACUCCACCUACACAGAUCACAUGUUCACAAAAACAGAGGCAAAGCACUUUACAGUCCCCCCCAAAACAGAAAAUAUCACUUCACAGUCACCAAAACACAGUUCAAUAUAAAUGUUUGUGCUGUCGUCUCACUAUAACAAAAACAAAAACAAAAAACACCAAUGAUAAGUACAAUGUACGGUCUCUCAAAAAACCCUAAUAUAUAUCUCAACCAUUUUUCCCAUAUAAAUUAAUGUAAUAAGGGGGGAUGUGUUCCUGUACUAAGCUGUGACAAAAAUAAUUGUAACAUCAAAAUACUGAAGAUAAAAGCAAUAAAACCUAAAGGUACAUAAACAGAGUUGUUAAUUGUUGUUUGUGGGAAUAUUAAUUCAUUCACUCUAGUAAUGAUACAAUGUUUAUUAUGUU